AUGUGCGACUACACCCAAGUCCACUACAAGUGCUCGCACCUGCGCUUCACCGUCCGCGCCUGGUGCAUCAAGUACCAAGAGACGCACCGACGGUGUCCCGCCAACGUCGUCGCCAUAGAAUACCGGCUAGACGAGCUCUGUGGCGACUGCCGCAGCAAAGCGGCGCGUUCAGACAAGGCAGCCUACGCGUAG